AUGGAUUCAGUUCGAGAAAUUCAUGAUAGCUCCAACUGCGGAAACCCCGGACUCAUCAACUUUAGCAACAACGGUGCUAUUUCAGUUGCAUCAUCGUCCCCACCGUCGUCGUCUACCUCAACCUCAAGCCGCUACGAGAACCAAAAGCGCCGGGAUUGGAACACCUUUGGCCAAUACCUCAAGAAUCAUAGGCCCCCACUCUCUCUCUCCAGGUGCAGUGGAGCUCACGUCCUCGAAUUCCUUCGCUACCUUGACCAAUUCGGCAAAACAAAAGUCCACACUCAAAUCUGCCCUUUCUAUGGACUCCCGAAUCCACCGGCCCCUUGCCCUUGUCCGCUCCGUCAAGCCUGGGGCAGCCUCGAUGCUCUCAUCGGCCGCCUCCGAGCUGCCUUUGAAGAAAAUGGAGGAAAACCCGAAGCAAACCCAUUCGGGGCACGAGCUGUGAGGCUUUAUCUCCGUGAAGUUCGUGAUAUGCAGUCAAAAGCAAGAGGGAUUAGCUAUGAGAAGAAGAAGCGUAAGCGACUGCCUGCUCAACAGAUCCCGGCUCUACCAUUACCGCCGCCGCCGCCACCACCGCCAGGUGCAAGUUCAACUAUAUAUAUGCAUCAACAAAGCAAAACCCCAUAUGAAAGCUAGCAUUUUACUACAUACUAGUAAAAUGUUUCUCUCACUGGUUGCCUGCCUACAUGCUUCAUCAAUAUAUGUGGUAU